AUGAAAUUGGGCGAAAUUCUUCUAUUUUGGGUUUUUGAACCUGGAAGAAAACUUCUUCACAAAGGAGAAUUACUUAGAUAUACAAGAAAAACGCCACAGCCUCGUUAUUUAGUUCUUUUUUCUGAUUUUCUGCUUAUUUGUAAAUAUCCUUCAAUUGGUGAUGCAUUUGAAAAAUUUCAUAAAAUUAAAGUAGAAGAUAUUCAAUUAAAUAUUAAAGAUCAUGUUGAUUACGAGAUUGAAUUUACUUUAAUUUCUCCACAAAAAUCCAGCAGUUUUGGAGCUAAAGAUAAACGAGAAAGGGAUGUUUGGGUACAAAGAAUUUCUGAAGCUAAAACAAAAUUUUUGUUUUUAACUAAAUUAAAUAAUAAUAAUUCUUUAAAUGAUCGAAGAAAUUUAUUAGAGAAUGGAAAUGGAGAAGUAGAAGAAGUAGAAAAAUCUUCGAAAAUUGAAUUUUCAUCUGCAGCCCCAGAAUGGAUGCGUGAUAGUAAAACAACAAAAUGUUUAAUUGUUGGAUGUGAAACAAAAUUUAAUUUAGUAAAAAGAAGGCAUCAUUGUAGAGCUUGUGGUUGGAUAAUUUGCGGUAAAUGUGUUGGGUAUGCUCCAGUAGUUAAUUUAGAAUGGGAACGAGAUAUUGUUUGUCCUGAAUGUUUUGAAAAGACUGUUAUAGCUUGUAAGUUUUUGUUUUGUUUUAAAGUUUUUAUUCAAUUAAAAAUAUCUAGAAAUUCCUUUAAUUUCAAAUAUUAG